UGGUCAAAUAAACAUCUCAAGUUUAUCCAACUCGGGUGGUCACCAACUGAAAUGUGCCCGUGGUCCGUUGCCCACGUGGCCACGUGCCAACUACCGAUGGGAUGGGACCUUGUUGGGGGGGCAUCUUUAACCGUGAAAAGUUAACGAUUUCCUAGCGCGCUCCAGCCACUAGGGUUCGCUAUCCCCACCACUUCCCCCCCCCCCCCGGACGCCCUCCACGCGUGAUGCACACGGGAGGAGGUUGGUGAGCGAGGAGAAGGGAGGAAGAGGAGGAGGCAAAGGCGACAUGGCCGCCUUCAAGAACUCUGGCUCGCCCCAGCUGCCCGACACGAGGCACGAGCUGAGCGAGCUGGUCAAGAGGCAGCAGGAGAUCGCGGACACUCUGAAAAAUCUUGAGCGACAAAUCUACGCGUUUGAGGGGAGCUACCUGGAGGACACGCAGGUGUAUGGCAACAUCGUGAGAGGAUGGGACCGCUACCUCUCCAACCAGAGGGGUGGCUCUGGACCCGUCGAGAGGAAGAGCCGGAGGUUUAAAGAGGCAGAGAGAUUGUUCAGCAAAUCCUCCGUCACAUCCUCAGCCGCUGUGGGUGUAGUUGUGAACCAAGAUGGAGCAGAGGAAGAUAAGAAAGAGAAGCUCGAGAAGGAAGAGCGCCGGGAGGAGAAGGUGAAGCCCGCGCCGGUGGAGGAGGAAGCGGUGGCGGCGCGGGAGUGCGAGCCGGAGCCCGGUGAAGCCGAGGCCGCCAGCGACUCGCCCGCCAAGCCCACGGACGGCGGAGGCGGCGAUGGCGGCCAGCCAGAGCAGCUCGCUCCAGCAGCAGCGGCAGCAGCGGCAGCCACUGCCCCGCACGGCAGCCACAAGAAGAGGAAGCACAAAGCACGGCACCGAUUUGAGUGGAAAAUCAACAAGAAACCCCGAAGUUAAAAUGAAGGAUUUCCAGCGAGCUGGGUGAAGCCGUUGAAGUGAUCUCCGCCUCUACCCUUCGUGAAAAAGAGUUUGAACAUUUCCCCUGUAGCUUCUGUUAAUGAUAACUUUAAACGGGAAAAAACAA